AUGGAAGCUUUUCAUUCCACAAUUGGGAUGCCCUUUCCAUAUGGCUUUCCCACCACUACAGUAAUGAACAUGUGUGGGACCACAAACCCCAUGUCCACCCCAUGGAUGGAUAGUAGAAUUUGGAGUAGGCUCCCUCAGAGGCUGAUAGAUAGGAUCAUUGCCUUCCUUCCCCCACCGGCUUUUUUCCGGGCUAGAUCAGUCUGCAAGAGAUGGUAUAGCCUUCUCUUCUCCACCACCUUUCUUGAAUUGUAUCUCCAGGUAUCCCCACAUUGCCACUGGUUCAUAUUCUUCAAGCAUAAGAGCUUGAAAAGCUACAUUUAUAGGAGCAACAACAGUACUAGUAGCAGUGGAUAUGAUAAUAGAGCAGUGUAUGAAGGGUACCUGUUUGAUCCCCACACGCUUACAUGGUACCGCCUUUCAUUCCCUUUAAUCCCACCGGGGUUUUCUCCGGCCACUUCCUCCGGUGGCCUGAUUGGUUGGGUUUCUGAGGAGGCUGGCUCAAAGAACAUCCUUUUAUCCAAUCCCCUUGUUGGGUCUUUAAUCCCAAUUCCCCCAACUCUAAGGCCUAGGCUCUACCCUUCCAUUGGACUAAACAUUACAGACUCCUCUAUAGAUUUGGCAGUGGCCGGUGACGACUUGAUAUCCCCUUACGCCGUCAAGAAUCUAACCACAGAGAGCUUCCACAUCGACGCGAAUGGGUUCUACUCCAUAUGGGGCACAACCUCCUCUCUCCCGAGGCUCUGCAGCUUCGAAUCGGGGGAGAUGGUGUACUCAGAGGGGAGAUUUUACUGCAUGAAUUACAGCCCUUUCAGCGUCCUCUCCUACGACAUUUCGUCGAACACCUGGUGCAAAAUCCAAGCCCCGAUGCGACGAUUCCUCCGCUCCCCAAACUUGGUGGAGAGCGGCGGGCGGCUGAUCAUGGUGGCCGCCGUGGAGAAGAGCAACCUGAACGUCCCCCGAAGCCUGCGCCUGUGGGGCCUACAGGAUUGCGGGACAACGUGGGCGGAGAUCGAGAGGAUGCCGCAACAGCUGUACGCGCAGUUCGCGGAAAUUGAGAACGCGCAGGGAUUCAACUGCGUAGGGCACGGGGAGUUCGUGGUGAUUAUGAUCAAGAAUUCCGACAAGGCUCUCCUGUUUGAUUUCGGUAGAAAGAGGUGGGUGUGGGUCCCUCCUUGCCCUUUCGUUCAUCAAGAUUCGACCUUUGGCGGCGGCGGAUAUGGAGAUCAAGGCGGCGCUGGGUGUGGAAAUGAGUUGCAUGGGUUUGCAUAUGAGCCUAGACUAGCUGCGCCUGUAACUGCACUUCUUGAUCAGUUCACACUUCCCUUUCAGUCUUUCACUGGCUAG